CGCCCGGCCCGGGCCCCGCGCCGCCGCCGCCGCCGCCCGACGCCAUGGCCGGCACGCGCUGGGUCCUCGGGGCGCUGCUCCGGGGCUGCGGCUGCAACUGCAGCAGCUGCCGCGGCGCGGGCGCCGCCUGCCUGCCCUUCCCCGCGGCCGCCGGCUCCUUCCCGUCGGCCGUGUCGGGCCGCCGCCGCCUGCUGCUGCUGCUCGGCGCCGCCGCGGCCGCCGCGUCGCCCCCGCGGGGCCUGCACACGCGGCCGGGGCCCUCGGCCGCCUGCUACCCGGCCCUGCGCCCCCCGCUGCUGUCGCCCUCGCUGGUGGCGGCGGCGGCGGCGGCGGUCGCGGCGGCGGCGGCCGGCCCGGCGCGCGGCUACGGCCAGGAGUCCAAAACUACCUACUUGGAAGACCUUCCACCUCUCCCCGAGUAUGAAGUGGCUCCCACCAAGUUAGGAGAGGAAGUGGAUGAUGUUUAUCUGAUUCGAGCUCAAGGAUUACCAUGGUCCUGCACUGUAGAAGAUGUGCUUAACUUUUUCUCAGACUGCAGAAUCCGCAAUGGUGAGAAUGGAAUACACUUCCUGUUAAACAGAGAUGGGAAACGAAGGGGUGAUGCCUUAAUUGAAAUGGAGUCUGACCAGGAUGUGCAAAAAGCCUUAGAAAAGCACCGUAUGUACAUGGGGCAGCGGUAUGUGGAAGUGUAUGAGAUAAACAACGAAGAUGUGGAUGCCUUAAUGAAGAGCCUUCAGGUCAAAUCUACGCCCGUGGUAAAUGAUGGUGUGGUUCGUUUGAGAGGACUUCCUUAUAGUUGCAACGAGAAGGACAUCGUAGACUUUUUUGCAGGACUAAAUAUAGUAGACAUUACUUUCGUUAUGGACUACAGAGGGAGAAGAAAAACAGGAGAAGCCUACGUGCAGUUUGAAGAACCGGAAAUGGCUAACCAAGCCCUGUUGAAACACAGGGAAGAAAUUGGUAACCGAUACAUAGAGAUAUUUCCAAGCAGAAGAAAUGAAGUGCGAACCCAUGUUGGUUCUCAUAAGGGAAAGAAAAUGGCAUCUUCUCCUACUGCUAAGUAUAUCACAGAGCCAGAAAUGGUCUUUGAAGAACACGAAGUAAAUGAAGAUAUUCGACCCGCGACAGCUUUUGAAACUGAAAAAGAAAUAGAAUUGCCUAAGGAGAUGCCAGAGAAGCUUCCAGAAGCUGUUGAUUUUGGAACGACGCCUUCACUCCAUUUUGUCCACAUGAGAGGGUUGCCUUUCCAAGCCAAUGCCCAAGACAUUAUAAACUUUUUUGCUCCCCUGAAGCCUGUUAGAAUCACCAUGGAAUACAGCUCUAGCGGGAAGGCCACGGGAGAAGCUGACGUGCACUUCGAUACCCAUGAGGAUGCAGUCGCAGCCAUGCUCAAGGACCGGUCUCAUGUUCACCAUAGGUAUAUUGAAUUGUUCCUGAAUUCAUGUCCAAAAGGAAAAUAGGACGACUUCUAAGGAUUCCAGAUAAACAGGAUGAAGCGAGAAGCAUUUCAUUUGCACAUCUUUUUGGACGUGGGAUAUAAAGUUCCAGUUUCUCAGCAGCAACUGCUAGAGAAAGGAUUUGGGGGCUUGGGGUUAAUUGCUUCUAAGAAAAAUUCCUUAGUGGACUGUUCAGAAAGGAAAAGAAAAGAUUUAGUUGGGGUUUCCGAAAUAAACCACAAAUUAAAUGAAAAUUUAAACCACCCAGGAUCUGAUUUUAAAAUCUGGUCUACAUAUGAUUAAAGAGCUUGUUUUUGUAGAGGAUAUGUUGCCCAAAGUUAGGACUAUACAUUUUUAUUCAGCACUAUCCUUAAAAAUCUUCUGCCUGUUUAAAAAGUUGUCUGUUGGGGGCCCGAGCGACGGUACGGCUGGUACGGCGCUUGCUUUUUGCAAGAGGCCAACCCAGCUUUGAUCCCACCAGCAUCCCAUAUGGUCCCCAGAGCCAGGAGCAUCACUGGGUGUGGCCCAAAAGCAAAAACAACAUGAUCUGUUUGAGGUUUUUGUUUUUUGCCUAUGAAUUGAGCCCUCUAAUAUAAAACUCAUGGAAUAAAUACCGAUUUAUUUUAACCAAGUACUCACCAAAGCAAGAAAACAUUACACAUCUUUGAGCCAGUAUGUUCUGAUGGAGUAGUUUUAUUUUUAGGUGUAUUUGAUUACUUAGGGGGUAGAAAUGGGGAAAAAAAGAAGACCAAAAAGGAAAAAAAAUAUAAAAGAAUACUGCAGGUUAGUGAGUGUAAAUGAGGACAGUUGGGCAGUUCCCUGUCUUUAGAAAUGUUUCCUGUUUCCAAGCCUUGUGCUGAAGGCAUGUGCCUGAAUACUUGAGGAAGGAAUUCUGAGAUAAGCUUAAAAGUUGUCUGAACAGCUCCCCCCACCCCUUUGUUUUGUGUUUUUGGGUAAAUCUUAUGGGUGUGUGUUUAGUCCCAAAACUGUGAAGUGAUCUGUCAAAACAGUCCUGCCCGGGAAGGACAUUAAUGGCUUCACUUGAAUUUAAACCAGCUCUAGUAGGAAAAACCUAAGUCUCCUCAUUUGCUUUUUUCAGUGGGGUAGCACAUCCCAUAUUUUAGAACAAGUAGGGGUGCCUUGCUUAAAUAAAAAUAGCAUUUAAUGUAUAAUUGUGUGAAGGGUUGUGGAUAAAGCUGUACUUCUGUCACCCUGUGGCAGUACCUUCUGCUUUAAUAUUAAACAACUUGUUAUUUAAAUAUUGGAAUCACAAUGGCUGGCUUCAAAAUGUAGUCGUUAAUAAACUAAUUUUACGUGCACCUGUGUAGGAGAAUUAAAGUCCUGUAUACUUCAUUUGCCUUGUUCCUGUUCUCAGGGUGUGACUCCACAUAGUUACCAGGAGAUGCAGUUCUAGUUCUCAAAAUGGAGCUAGUCCUUAUUUCUGAGAGGUGAUAUCUGGUAGAGAGAUGAUGUCUUCUCUCACUUGUAAUCAUAACCAUCUUUGAUUACCAGCUAAGAUACCAAAUCACUGUACUGUAAGUAGUCAAUAAAAUGAAGGCUUGUUUCAGGCUAAAGAUUA